AUGGCGCGACGGACACCCGCUUCCUUUGCAGACCUUCCUGUUGAGAUGGUUUCCUGGGUGUCUGACCGGAUUAAGCAUAAGGAAGACCUCCUCAGCUUUUGUCGCGUUAACUGGGAAUCACGCAAUAACGGUGUUCGCACAUUGUUGAAUCGGAUGCGAGGUAUAUAUAUCGAGCCAACAGCAGCGUCGUUCGCUAAAUUCAAGACUAUUGUCCAAACACCCGCGGUCGCCAGUCGCAUCCAAACGAUUAUAUACCUCCAGACAUUCCCUCCUUUGGACCCAAAGGCUGUACUACAGCAGGCAGAAUUCCACGCGGAGAGGAAACGCCAUCAAUGCACAAUAGCAGGAACAUGUAAAGUCAUCUGGUGGCUCCAGGACCACCUCAAAGGCUUUUCCAUGGAAAUGCUCAAGGAAUGUCUCAUCGAGGCUGUCGAACACCUUCCGAACUUGCAGCACAUUGCUAUUGCCGCAAGUCCUGCCGCUGUAGAGUAUAGCACGAUGCAGAUUCGCUCGGGCGACCUCCUCAAUAGAGACUCGCGUUGGCUAGUCAACGAGGAGGAAUCUCGCGGUGCAUCGUCAGUCGACAAACUUUGGAACUUCGUGCUCUGGAAUAGUUCGUGUAGAGCGAGUCUGGAUCCACUCUUGGAAGCCAUGGCUCAUCAUGCAGAUUUCCAUCCGGAAGUCCAAUUGAACUUGACCUUUCAAGGUGGCGUGCCGGUGGGGACCGAAGAGCUUCUCGAAUUCGCCCAAGAGCACUCUGUUACCUUCAAUAAAGCAAUGGCUCACAUCAAAGACUUCAUUGUCCAUGCAGCGCCAGACCACCAGGGACAUGAUCACGGACCAUUCGUUCAAAGCCCAGAAGCAUAUGAGAGUAUGCUGUCCGCGCUGGUCAAUAUCCAGAUGCUCAAAAUCAUAACAAAUAAAAGCGCAGUGCAGCAAGCGGGUGUGCUUGGUGAACUGCUCCGUCAUCCCAAUCUUCAUUUCCGGAAACUCCAGAAGGUCCAAUUCUACACACUCGUUCCGAUCUUUGAUCCUGAGAUAGCUUGGAUACAGCAGGAAUUGGUUCCAUUUCUACCCACGGCACAACAACUACUUGACUUCUUGUGCAGGCACAAAACUACGCUGGAGGUCCUGGCACUGGACUCUGUGUCAGGUGUACGCGAAAGAAAUCCCCAGGGCCUGCAAAUUGAAGGUCUUGAAAGACUUUUACUCCAAUUGCGAAAAAGAUUUGGUAAGCUAUGGUUGAUGAGAGUUACCGAGACAGUCAUCUACGGGGACCGGGACGAUGAGAUUGGCUUGCCAUAUGCACAGAUUCUGAAACGAGAGGCCAGGGAUGAGGCAUUGUCUGGGCUUGGAAAGCUUUCACGUAAGCUAGGCGCGUGGAAGAAAGUGCAGGUUUGCUCCAAAAUGAGCGAUGGAACGCUUGUGUGCCGGGACUAUAGUGAACCGCCAAACGGUACAGAUGCUGUCAACGACAGCAGCCAUGGGGCCUCAGCAGCAGAGCAGCCCAGCCGGGAAGAAAACUCUGAUAUUGCAGCUGCUCAAACUGCAGCUGGGAUCGAUGCUACUGCAGUGCAAGAAGUCAGCACUCAUGACUCGAAUGACGAUAAUGACACGGAAGCCAACGCCAGGGACGCGAAUCCUACUCUUGUGUCAGAGCAUCUCAGCUUUUACUACGAAUUCCAAUUGGAAGCUGUAAAGUCCUGA